AUGGGACACACUACAACGCAAGGUAAUUCCCGACGCCGGGCGCGGCUGAGAUGGCAUAUUGCAUACGUCAAACGUAUCAACGAAGAACGUCGAUCGAAGCAGCGUCAGAUUGACGAAGCCCCCCAACUACUAGACGAAAUUGAAGAAUUCGAGGCCCUGUUUGAGGGAUUUCCCCCGCUUCCGCCUCGCCUUCCUCAACCAGAAUAUGCUACUGACGUCGACAAAUUGAAUCCUGAUGACCCCGAAGAGCUCGAGUUCUACAUUGCUUGUCGAGUCGGCCACCUGCAAGAGGUCAAAGCCUUCAUUCAGGACAUAUCUACGAGUCACGCUGUUCGCCAAUUUGGUUUACAACAAGCUUCUUUUGGAAAUCAGCCUGCUGUUGCAAAGAUUCUGCUUGCCAACAAUACAGCCCUCCACGGAUACGUCUUCGAAGGCACGGAAGCCGCAUCUAAAACACGAGCAACCGCUCUUGGUGCUUCUCUUUUCGAGACAUUCCCAGAAGAAGACGAUACUUUGGUUCCUCUGCUGCAAACUUUCAUGGACGCAGGGUGGCACCCGAAUCAGGCAUGGGAACCCAGAGAGGGAAACUACCCAAAGUGGGCGUUACAAGAUCUCUCAUGCAUCUGCAACAAACCGCUGACCAAAUUUCUCCUCUCUUACGGCGCCGACCCGAACAUUGGGCCCGGCUGGUAUCAUAUUCCGACACUAAAGGAGCAAGAACAAGAUGUAUGGUUUCCAGUCGAGGUUCCGUUUCAUCGACAUGGGAUAUGGACAUUUGGUCUUACGAUAGAGACCUGGAACCCGCGGUUUUUUGAGCUACUCAGAACCUACAGUGUUCCUACCCUCAGGGUCUCCGAGCUCCUGCCCUUGCUGCGCAUUGCACGAGACAUGACAGCAUUUUCGACAGCCCACCAAGAGAGUGAGGAUGCUGCACUGUUGGCGAUUCCAUUCUCCAUGAGACGUGACAUGGCUGAGCACAUGUUGAGUUUCGAUGAUGUGGGUGUCGAUGACGUGAAGUGGGCAGGGGACAGAGGGGAGCAGACUGCUCUGACGUUGGCUUGUGCCACUGGGGACUGGGAAUAUGCAGAGUGGCUUCUCGAGAAGGGGGCUGAUCCGAGUCUGCUUGACGGGAUAGCCUUCGCCCAUGAUCCUCAGAGGCUAGUAGAGCUUAUGAGUAAGGCAGCAGCAUCCGAUUUAAGGCACUUCGAGAGUGUAAAUCAGCCAUCUCGGACAAGUUUGCAAAAGCAGCUGGCCCAAUGUAAGAUCAAGUAUGGAAUUACGCGGCGUUAA